UGCAAGUUGAUUGAAGUGAGUUCGUCUUUGGUUAAAACGCGGUUACCUUUUAGAGCAAAGUGACUUUCAAAAGCUUUAUCUGACUCAUACGUAAAGUAGUAUUUGUUGUAUUGUUUUUUUCGCAUACGUACCAGCUACAUUCUCCACUUCUGCUGCAUACAUAUACUAUAUGUAUGUAGGUGCAACAUGUCUUUCACCCUGGAAUCGUGUAAAAUGCAAGUGGGCUUUCACAAGAACAGGACGUGCAAUAGAUUAUCGAUGGAGGAACGCGUGAUGGUAAUUAAAUUGUAUAAAGAGACACCGAACUACCAACGUUUGGCGAAUCACUUUGGUUGCAGUUUUAGGCAGAUAAAGAAAAUUAUUGCGAAUCAAGAUGAGAUCAUGCACUUUCACAAGAAUCUACGUGCGAAAGAUUUAGCAGAAGAAGUUUCCAAUAGCCGUCGAGAGAAGAUUGACUUUCUCGGCAAAGUGGUCUAUGAGUUUCUACUACGCGCCCUCUAUCUUCGCAUGCCAAUCGAUACAUCGAUCAUACGACAGAGGGCAUUUGAAGUGAAAGAGGCAAUAGCUAUUGAAAGUUUUACGCCAAAUAAUGCUUGGUUGCAAGCCUUCAGAUCUCAUUACAAUAGAUUGGAUUUAACGGCAAUGGUGGAGCAAUUACCAAGUGAUAUGGAGAUGCGACGUUCGUUGAAGUGUAUCGAUAUAAUUGAGUAUGUAAGCAAGCAAGAGAGAGAGAAGAAAGAAAAAACACAUAUGGAGGCAGAUGACUCUCCUGGAAGUGGUCGGAAUGAAAGUGAGAAGGCGAUACAGAACUUUAUGAAAUCUGAAAAUGAAUUUGAUGAUUAUGAAGUGUAUGGCAGUGCUGAAGAUGAUGCUGAUUUGGGGAAUCAUGAGAGUGUUGAAAAUAUGAGCACUGCAAACACGAAUGCUGCAUCGAUUUUCGUCGAUCUUGAUUCGGAGGAGGAAGACGAACAAGCAGAGAGCGCUGUGGUUAAAACGGAGGAGACUGUUUCAGCCAACACAAGCUCUUUUGCUACUAUGCCUAUUUUAAAACCCUCAACGCCCCCACCUUUUCCCGAUAUACACAGCUAUCCGGAAGCCAUGCGUCAUCUGAAAGUGCUGGAAGAUUUUGCGAUGAUAGAAGAGAACUAUCGCGCUAUUGGCUUGAUAACGCAACUGGAGCAAAUUUUCAAGAAUCCACCCAAAUUGAAGAGCUUAGUGCAUUGAAUAGUUUAAUUGAAAUUUUUAUCGUUUCAUGUUAAGGCAGUUAAUUACUUAGAUCUAGUAUUUACAUUUAUGCAUACGUAUGUACAUAUUUUUAUCUAGAAGAUAAUUAAAAAUCGAAAGAGGAAAUAUGUUUA